AUGAUGAAUCACAAUGUUUAUUAUGAUAACUACUUUACUACGAUUAGAUUGCAAGUGGAACUGAAGAAGUUAGGAAUCUUUAGUGUUGGUACAGUUCGAGCGAAUCGGUUACCUGAUCUGAUGAUGAAAGACGAGAAGCAGUUAAAACAAGAAGGUCGAGGUGCAACCGAUUAUCGAAUUACCUAUGUCGAUGGCAUAGAAUUAUGUGCUACACGGUGGUUCGACAAUAACGUGGUCAAUGUAUUAUCAACUUUAUCCGGUUGUGAAUCUAAAGAUUUAGUGAAAAGAUGGUCAUCAUCCGAAAAGAAACAUCUUCAAGUGGAACGACCAAACGUAAUCAAGAAUUAUAAUCAGUACAUGGGAGGUGUUGAUUUGUGUGAUAUGCUGGUGUCUUUAUACCGAAUAAAUAUUCGUUCGAAAAAAUAUUACAUGAAAAUUCUUUUUCAUUUGAUUGAUUUAUCAAUUGUCAACGGCUGGUUAUUAUAUCGUCGUCACUGUUCCCAAUUUCGAUUACCAAAAAAUGAAAUUAUUUCUUUAUUACAAUUUCGAAUCAAAGUUGCUGAAGCUUUAUUGAGACCAAUAAUACCUGAACGCCCAUCAAAUCGAGGUCGACCAAGUAAAUCUCUUCAAUCAAAAGACAAUAACCCAUCGAAAAAACCUCGUGUUGCAUCUGUUCCGCUACCACCGUCCUCUGUUCGAUUUGACGGCUUUAAUCACUGGCCAGUGUUCACAUCCCAGGGCCGUUGUAGUUAUCCGGAAUGUAAUGGUCGUUCAUCGUUUACGUGUUCAAAAUGUCAAUUACGACUUUGUCUAACAUCUCGAAAGAAUUGUUUUAAAGCUUAUCAUGAAGGACACUAG